GAUGCCACCAUGCAGCAGAGACGUUAUCUGGAUUGAUUUUAAUGACCAAAUUCAUAUUUCUGAAAAACAGAUUGAUUAUUUUCGAAAAAUCCAAGCGCAUGAUAUGACACCAAUGAUCUACAGUCAUCAUCCUUUGUUGCCGUUCAGUAAUCGUACAGUAUUUUCUGCGAUGGUAUCGAGGGACUCAGACGAAGAAUACGCAGAUUUUCAGAGUGCCGUACCUUUUGUUGAUAGAUUGGUUGGUGACGCUGCAAUAUGCAAGCCUGUGGAAAUCAAUAUUUUGAUCGGAACGUUUUCAACAAGUGUCAUUACCACUUGGAUCACAAGUACUCGGCACACCAUGGCUUAAGAACCGAAAAAUGUUAUG